GGAGGUGAAGAUCCUCCAGUGCCACACAAACUCUUCCCAUAUGAUUGCCACUGCUCUGAUCAAAGUGCCUUUUCAGAGACCUCACAUCUAGUCAGAUGGAAUUGCUGUGUGUGGCUAAUAGACCAGUUUUUUAAAGAAUGGUAUCCUUGUUUCCUAUGCAUGUUGAAAUCUUAUCCAGAAUGCUUUUUUUAGUAAUAAUACUACUCUUUAAUGGAAUAAUUUCUUACUCCGAUGGUAAAUCCGUUUCCAAGUCAGUGCCAAGAUUACUUCUGGUGUCUUUUGAUGGCUUCAGGGCUGAUUAUUUGAAGAAAUAUGAACUUCCACAUCUCCAGGCUUUUAUUAAGGCUGGUGUAUUAGUAGAGCAUGUUACCAAUGCUUUCAUCACAAAAACUUUUCCAAACCACUACAGUAUAGUCACAGGCUUGUAUGAAGAAAGCCAUGGUAUUGUAGCAAAUGAAAUGUUUGACAUUGAUACAAAGAAAACAUUUUCACAGUUCAAUGAUACCGAUCCUUUCUGGUGGGAUGAAGCAAUUCCUAUUUGGGUAAGCAAUGAAUGGCAGGAGAACAAAACAAGUGCUUCUGCAAUGUGGCCUGGCACAGAUGUAAAAAUUCAUAAUACUCUUCCUCAUUUUUUUAUGAAAUACAAUUCUUCAGUAAGCUUCAGUGAACGUGUAGAAAAAAUUAUUGAAUGGCUGAAUAGUUCUAAUCCAUUAGUUACUUUUGCUACUCUUUAUUGGGAAGAACCAGAUGCAAGUGGACACAAAUAUGGACCAGAAGAUACUAAAAACAUGAUUAAAGUAUUACAAGAAGUAGAUAAGCAUAUUGGCCUUCUUGUUGAGAAGCUUAAAGUUUCAAAUUUGUGGGAGGAAAUUAAUGUUAUCAUUACAAGUGAUCAUGGCAUGGCACAGUGCUCCCAGGAGAAAUUAAUCAAACUGGAUCGUUGCAUUGAUCCUAGCAGCUAUGUGCUAAUAGACAGAACCCCAGUUGCUGCCAUAUUGCCAAAUAAUGUAACACAUGUAUAUGACUUAAUGAAAAACUGCAGUCCUAAUAUGAAGGUUUAUCUUAAAGAAGAAAUUCCAGAACGAUAUCAUUACCAUCACAAUAAGCGCAUUCAGCCAAUAAUUUUGGUUGCAGAUGAAGGCUGGACAAUUGUACAGAAUGGGUCUCUUCCCAGAUUAGGAGACCAUGGCUAUGAUGAUAAUCUUCCAAGUAUGCAGCCAUUUUUGGCAGCUCACGGACCUGCGUUUCGUAAAAAUUACAGACUGAAUUCAAUCCGUACUAUUGAUAUUUAUCCAAUGAUGUGCCAUAUUUUAGGGUUGAAAUCCCAGCCUAAUAAUGGCACUUUGAGCAAUUCCAAAUGUUUAUUAGUUGACCAAUGGUGCAUAAAUGUUCCUGAAGCAGUUGGAAUAGUUAUUGGUGUCUUUAUGGUAUUAACUACACUGAUGUGCCUUAUAAUAAUCACCAAGAACAGAACUCCUCCUCUACGUCCAUUUUCAAGACUUCAGCUUCAGGAAGAUGAUGAUGAUCCCUUAAUAGGAUAAGACCCCUGUUCUGACUACUGUUUUGAAAAGACAAUACAGAAAUUUAAGUUAUUUUGGCGAAUAAUAUGAUGCACUUUAAUAAAGAUCCACCAAAACUACAGAAGAAUAGCAUUGUCUCUGAAAAAGAAGUCUUGACAAGAAUUUAUUUUCUAAUGUAAACUAAUAGAAAAUUAAUAGUAGUAAAACUUAUUUAUUUCUAAGUGAUAAAAAUAAGAUUAUUUGUGAGUGAAUCUGCUUAGAGAUAUUGUGAUAUUUCCUGAAAUUGGACAAGAGCCUCUUCAACAAUGAUCACAGCUUUAAAAGGCAGGGUAAAUUAGGCAACCAAGGCCCUGCCCGUUCUGAUGUGCACAAUUCUUUGAUUGCCCAGACAUCCUGCCAUUUUGAAGCCAGUGAGUUGUCAUUUCAGAUGCCCCUGAAACUGGUUGGAAAAAAUAUAAACCCUUCAUGAAAUUCUUUAUAAAGAAGAUUAUAAUUGUGAAAAUAAUCCAGAUUUGUUUUCCAUUUUGGGGAAUAGUUGCUCUAAGAGUUUAAUUUAGAAGCUGUUAAUAGCUAGGACUCAAAAUUCUAGAGCACUGUGCACUCCAUGUCAAUCUCUGUAAACCAAAUGUUUCCUUUAUUUCAAGCUGUUGGAAAACUUUAUAUGCAGGUAUAUCUUCAAGCUACACCAAGCAAAAAGAAAUAGCAUGUCAUAAUACUACUAUAAAUAUCCCAAAGCAAAUAAUUCAAUAACUUCUUCCCUAACUAUAAGCUGUGGACUGAUUCUAAACAUAGUUUAAUAUGUCUUGUCUUUCUCCAUUUAGACAGAUAUGGUGUUUUCAAUCAAUUUUGGUAGGUAUUCAGGUGUUCCGUGUGUUUGAAUUAAUAAUAUGAUUGUAUUAUGCAUACACAUAUUUUUAAUGAAUCUGCAGAAGAAAUAUUUUAUAAGAAGAAAAGGGAUUUGGAAGGCAAAGUUCAAAAAGACUCUGCUGCUUGCAGUUUGUAUAUGAUUAAUAAGGUUCUGUACUGUAUAUUCAAUUAAUUGACAUGUUCAGAAAUGAUGAUUAAGUUUUUUAAAUUCCUAAUAAUUGCUUAAUUUAAAGUAGAGCAUUUGUAAUAGGCAGAUAAUAUGCAAUACCAUUUCUGUUCAUCUGUUUCAUUCUGAAAGAAUUCAGGGAAAGUGAAUACUUAAUGCAUAGGAAGGCACAUAAUUUUCCUUGGUAUUUCAAAUGUUCCAUAUUUAACUUCAGUUGCUUUGCUUGUCUUCUUUAUGAAAUGAUAGUGGAAUCCUUAUAAUCUGUAACACUCCAUGAAGAUAUAACUGUACUUAUCUGAUAACAGCUACUGUAAAAAAAAAAUCCAGAACUACAAUAUUGAUUAGGAGAUGUGCUAUUUAAAUAAUUACGUGACAGUCCUCCCCAGAAGCAGAAGCAGCUUUUCAGUGCCUCCUUUAAGCAAUAGUGACACUGAGUAAGGAGCUUCUGACACCAAGAGAUAUCUCCUAUUUAGCAUUUGUACAUGAAAUUAAGGGAGCCCAUUCAAACUCAGUUUCUUCUUACUAAGGUGGCAUUUUGGUAUUCUACUUGUUGGAAUAAACCAGAAUCUUUAGAUUAAAAGUACAGUGAAAUUUAGUCUUUUAAGGAAUAAAACAAUUUUUCUUCAGGAUUACUCAAUUUAUUUCACUUCCACAGAAAACAGAAACUCAACCUUUUUUCAAAAGAUCAUUCUAUUACAUAAUGAGAAGCAAUGGUUGGUGUUAUCAGAAAGUAAACAUGUUUUGGAAGUAAAUAGGAAGGUUUUUUUUGUUUUUGCUUUGAAAAUUAAUAUUCUAAUAGGAAAGAUUCAACUAGUUUGUAUAAAGAUAUUUGUAGCUGUUUUACACACAUGUAAUAUCUCAGGGACUCUUCCAGAUUUUGAUUCCCAUUAACAUAGAUAACAAAAAAUAAAGCAAUUAUGCAAAACUUCAAAAAGCUUAAAAAUCCUUUAAAUGAUUAGGCUAACCAGAUAGUGGACCUCAAGUACCAACAGUUCAUCAAGGAAAAGAUGAAUUAAUGGGAAAAAUCUGUUACAGUACAUUCUUUAUCCUUCAUCUCAAGACCAUUGGCUACUGUUACCGAAAAUGUUACCUAUUUUAGGAAUAGCAACUUGUUAUCUCUGCAAUUAUCAGGGAUAAAUUUAUAUUGGGAAAAUAAAUUUCAGUAAUGAACUAUGUUACAAUUUUUUAAAGACUGUAUUUAUUGGGCUAUCUUUGUAAUUGGGGAUUUGGGACAAUCUUCGUUGACUUUGAUUAAAGAGGCUGUUACACUUUCAAUUCAAGUACUUUUUCAUUCAUUCUAAAAUUCUUGCCAGUCAAAACAAUAGGAACAUUCAGAGCAGCCAUUAUUUUUUCUUGCCUUUCCUAUAAGCUAUUCUCUCACUUACUUCCUAAAACUUAAAAUUGCAUAAUAAAAGUUCCAGUUUAGCUUCAUGAUACUGACUUCUGUAGAUCUUUUGAAUUGUGACUCUAGGUGCAUACGGCAUAUAUCAUAUUUCUGAGCUAUUCCCAAAACUAUUUGACUAUAGGAAGAAAAAAUAUGCAAAAGAUGUAUGUUUGAAGAAAACAAACCAUUUCUAUUGUCUACAUUUUGACCAAAAAAAUGUACAUUCCUGUCUGAGGUUCCAUACUGAGGUAUAUGCUGGUUACAAGAUUCCCUUUGGUACAGAUUUGGCACUUUGGAAAAGGUUUUAGUUCAAAUCAGAGAUUGACUUAAGUAGCCUUCUGUCAAUUUACCAGGAGGAAAUUGUACAUGACUUAAAUUAUGUGGAGGGUUUGUCUGAAUUUUUCGGGCUCAAUCAGCUCAGAAUUGGUUUGCUGAAGAAUUUAUUUUAAGAGAUUUUAAUUGAUAUAUCUGCUUUUAUAACGGGAAUGUGUGAAAUCUUGAGUUUAAGGUGAUGCUAUUUUCUAUCCAGUGUUUCCAGCUUACUUAUGUCAUCAACCAUAGAAAUCGAUUCUGUUCUAGACAGCAAAUGAAAUGUCAGAUAACAAAGCUGGAAAGCCACAUUUUUUCUUCAUCAUAUACCUUUUAAAUGGUGCAUACUAUGGAUCCACUAGAAGGCACCUUUUCAUUAAUGAAAAAGGUUUUUUAAAAAAACUGGAUGACCUUGGGCCAGUCACUUUCUCUCAGCCCUAGGAAGCAAAAAAGGCAAACCACUUUGAAAUCUUUGCCAAAAAAAACCUUCAGAGACUUGUGUAGGUACUGACCUUAAGAGAACUCUCCAAACAAACAAAAAGUUAGAGGGAGCAGUGGUUUAUAAUCACCUAAGAAAAUCGGUGCAGGAUAAAGGCAAAGCCCUCUAGUCCCAGAGAAGUCAAUCAAAAAACUUCACAUAACCUCAUCUAUAAUUCCUAGAAGCAAAAAGACGUACUGCUUCUUAUGCUAAUAUACUGUGCUUGCAGCAAAUAUUAAUAGAUUUAUCAUCCAUGAUUUUGCCUACUAUUCCUUUAUAAAUCUCUUUUUGUCCUGUGUUCUAUGAUGAGAUCCAAUGAAGCGCUAAAAUUGUACAGGUAGUCCUCGACAUACAUAUGCAUUUAAUGAAACUGACAUGACUUUUUCACACAAAUGUGGCAUCCCCAUGGUCACAUGAUCAGAAUUCAGACACUUGGCAACUGAUUUAUGGUGACAGUUGCAGUGUCCUGGGUCAUCUAAUCACCUUUUGCAACAUGAAAAAGUCAAGGGGUGGGGAGAGAUUAAUUUAUCAACUAUGUUACUUAACUGUGGCAAGAAAGGUUUUGAAAUGGGGUAAAACUCACUUAACAAAUAGCAACAUAACUUUUGGGCUCAAUUGUGGUUGUCAGUUGAGGACUAGCUGUACUGAAUUCAAGUUAAAGCAAAAAGUAUAUGGUGCUGUUGUCAGGGUUCCAGGUAACACCCCCAGUGAAAGAAGACUCCGAGGCUAGAAAUUCCUCAAAGUUCCAUUUUAUUAGAGAUGUCAUAUUGGCACAUCUGGAAAAACCCAAAUCUGAAAGUUUCCAGGUUUUCCCCACCCAAAAGAAAGUCCAAGUCCCUUCCCCUGUACCCACAUGUCCAUCAGAUGGCCCAGUUGUUGCACCAUCCCAACUGGAGAUGCCUCCCAGACAUGCCACUCUAGGUACAGGGCCAAAUGUCCUUGACUCUCAGAGAAAGGAAUAUUGUUAUGGCUAAACAUCUCCACCAUGCUAUGCAAUCCCCCCUCCCGGUUUUCCACAGCACUAAGUGGCAGUCCUGAAGAUCCAACAAAAAAGAUGGUCUCCAGGGCUGUCAGCUAUGGUGAUGCUAUUAGAAAAAACAUGAAGUCUCUUGAAUUUACAGCACAUUUGAUUUGUAGCAUUUAUUUGAGACAAAAUUCUAAGAAACCAUUGGAGUUGCUUAGGAGGUAUUUUAUUCAAAGUGGAUAUUAGCUACGAUAUAUCUUAAAACACUACAGUCUUAUAACAGAUUAAAUGCUCAUGGUCUCUAUAUCUGGAAACCUGAUGUUUUUGCAGAUCUGAAUGAUAGACAUUAUCUCUAACAAAAUUGAAUCCUUACCAAGUAGUAGUUGCUAUAGUUAGUAAAGCAGUGAAAAUUAAGCAUACAAAAAAAAAAGGGCAAUCUUGCAACAGAAGACAUUGAAACAUUUAUUACAGUAUACAACUAAUCAAUAUAAAUAACUGUACAGAAGGCUUGCAAUCCUGAGCUUGAUCUCUCCGAGAUGGGUAAGUGAGAAUAGAAAAAAAUAAUAGAUUUUGUACACCCCCCUCAGGCCUUUCUGACUGCCAAGCCUAGAGCUGACAACUCUGACAUAAUAUUGAGGGAGCAUGAGUUUGAGGACAGGAGAUACAUAUUGCCAUUUUCACCCAGCAACUUUGGAAAAAACAGAGCAGGCAGGACACACACUCUGAAUGCUCUUUCCAGCUGAUAAAUUUGGUUAUAGAACAUGCUAUUCCCUUUGUAUCCACCACAGAUUAUUGCAGACCUUCAGCAAUAUAUAUGUCUGUUCACUUCCCUGUGCAAAGGGGAAAAAAAUGUAAUUCUCAAUAUUCCCCCAUCAUCAAAAUAUUUAUCUACCAUCCAAUUCUUCAGAGUCCAGAUGAUUUGGCUGAUUAUGUGCCAUUAAUGUGGUGUCAAAUUGUACAACCGGGGUGCUUUUUUUCUGUGAUUAUCUGUGCUUAAUCUG